AUGAAGACAAUCCUUCUCGUGCUAGCCUUGAUCCAAGUCACGGUGGCUCUGCGGUGUGUCGACGCUUUGAAAGAUAGUCCUCAGCUUGAUGGUUCCGAGCGAUCGAAGACCUGCCUAUGUGGCGACUACUGCGUAUCGUAUUACUACCAAUCAGAGAACAAAUACGCCUGGGAUUGCGGCUGUUUGAUGAUCGACUUUGCAGAGUCGUUGAACCUUUGCGGGCACGAGGGCAUCAACAUCUUUGGGGACGUCCGACCUCACUGCUGCAUGAAAAUCAAUCUAUUCAAAGUAUUCAAGCAAAAGAUGAAGACGAUCCUUGUCGUGUUCGCCUUGAUCCAAGUCUCAGUGACUCUGGAGUGUGUUCACGCUGCGAAAAAUAGUACUCAACUUGAUGGCUCCGAGCGAUCGUACACCUGCCUAUGUGGCGACUUCUGCUUAUCGUAUUACUACCCAGUAAAGAAGUUGCUAGCACGAGGGCACGAACGACGUUGGGGAUGUAUCUUAUCGACACCAGAUUUACUGCUGCAAGGG